CAUUCAUUUUAGGUCAUAACGUUAAAUGGCGCAAGGGUCGCACACUGGAAGUUGUGCGAGCUGUUACCCGCGGGGGUGAAAUGAAAUGGGGGCCUUUCUACCUGGCGAUAAGCUGACUGCCUCCCCGCGACUAGCGUUGAUUGUUGAUCACUGGUUCCCCCCUCGAGCUAGCACGGGGCGUUUUCAUUGGUCCUAUUGUCCUGCGCCGUGAGGGCGCGUACAAUCGCAUCAAAUCCGCAGUCGGAGCACGCAUCCUUCGCCAACCACGUUACACGAAAAUAUGGCCGAUCCGGUUUCCGACGCUCCUGCUAUCGACGAGUUCGCGCAGACUCGGGGUGGCGAUGAUCUUUUCGACGAUGAGAUUGUUCCUGUCCCCAUCGCAGAACAGAAGCCUGAGCCGGAAGUGCACGCGGAACCCGCCCCUGUCCCUGUUAUCGAGAACGACACACAACCAGCUCGGACCGAAACCUCGCCACGGUCGCGCGGGGGUGAGAGACGAGGACGUGGUCGAGGCAGAGGACGUAGUGGACGGGGUUCACAUAAUUCAGGACGUCGGGGCGAUGGAGCCGUGAAGAGCAAGCCCACCGAGAGUGCUACGGAGCGUGAGGACCAGAGUGCGAAGGAAUCAACUCCUGAGACACCUGCUGAAGGUGAUCAGACUGGGAAGGAGGAUAUAACGUCUUCGGAUCCUAAGGCCGCCGGAGCGGAGGGGCCGCGCGUGCCUGCUGUUCGCGGAGACAGAAGUGCUACGGGUGGUAUCAAGAAGCUUACCGAAGAGGAACUGUCCCGUCGCAUUGCUGCCGCCAAAGAGAAUGCCGCCAAGAAAGCCGCUGCACAUGCUCGAGCUGAAGCCGACCAAGCGUCGUUCCUCGAGCGCGAGAAGGUUGCUGAGGAGAAGCGACGUCAGGAACGCCAACACCGUCGGGUCAUGGACAAUGAGCGGGAGCGUAACCGACUUCGCAAAUUGAAUGCCCUGAAUGGAAGGGAGUGGGAUGCCGAGAAAAAAGAAAAUGAAUAUAACCCCCGUGGUGGAGGUGGUAGGGGUCAGUUCCGGCGUGGUAUGCAUGGCGGUGUGUCUGGAUACACUCGACGCGACUUUGAUUCCCAAGCUGGAGAAGAACCGCUCAACGAGGACACUCCUCAGCACUACCGGGGUCGUGGACGUGGUGGCAGAGGUGGACGCGGCCGGGGAGGACAUCGUGAAUCUCGUGGUGAAAGAACACUUGCCGGCACCUCCGAUCCGUCUACUACGGGCGGGUCCAAGCCUGAGGCACCUGCUCCGGUCAUCACCAAUGAGGCCGAAUUCCCUGCACUCCCUGGGAGCGAGAAGAAGAACGAUGACAAAGCGCCUCUUACUCCUGACCUGCUCAAGUCGGACUCUUUGUCGCCGGUAACAGGAGCUAGCUGGGCCGAACAAGUCGAGUCACAGUAGUCACAUCUUGAUGAAUCCGCUUGCUUUCCCAAAUUAUCAUGAUCUGAAUCCAUCUAUUUGUUCCUCAAGACCCCGCAUUCAAUAUUCCCCAAAACACUGAUUAAUGCUUGCUUCGAUAUGAUAUCAUGCGA